UGUCAACUAAACUAGUCGAGGGAGAGGCGGAAGUGGAACGGGAAGGGCACUAACCCCCAACUUGCUGGCUGCCCAAAGUCCAAUCUUUCGAGGAGGAAAGGAGGGGGCGAUCGACAUUGGGGGAACAGGCGAGUGGGAAUUCCUUUUGUUGGUUGACAGCGAUUAAGGGAAUCGGGGAGAAAGGGUCGAAGGGGGAAAAGGGCGGUGGCCGCGCGAGGAGGCGGUAUCGGCAUCUUAUUCCGUCUGCGGGAUUCAUAUCUGAGCUUUCAAGCUCCAAGAAUCCGGUUUUCUCCGACCGCUGUGCUCGGGAAGGAAGCGCCUUUUCCUUUGCUUUCUCAUUGUGGAAGGAAAAAAGCAGUGGCGGUGCGGUGAAAGAACGAAAGCUGGAAUCUCGCUACGCUUCUGCUCUCGCGCAGAGCCACCGUUUUCCUUUGGAGGAAGAGGAGGAGGAGGAGGAUGUCAAAGGCAGGAACUAACCUUCAUCCUUGUGUCUAUGGGCCAUUCCACUCCGAUCAACCAUAGUCGAGCUCCUCCAGUUUGGAACUUUGUUCCACUUUAAGCUAGAUUUCAGAGAUUCUUCAGAAAGCAAUGAAGAGUAACUUGGGACGUUUUCGAAUUGUGUUAUAAAAGAGUAACUUGAGCCUUAAGCCCAAAAGGAAAAGGCCUUUGGAGUUCAGCCGGUAGAGAUGGCAGCUGAUUCUAACAUGGGUUCCUACCAAGCCAAUCUGCCUCCUUCCUUCCAUCAUCCUCUCAUGGUUUCUUUUCAGUCAGGCGCUAGAAAUAGCUCGAGGGGCUUGAGUCCUGAUGAAGUCUGCAGUUUGGGUGGGAACAACAGCAUGGUUGGCAUGUUUAAUUCUCUGGGUUCUGGCUUGAUCAAUCAUAUGGAUGCGACGACUUCAGUUCAGUACUCUGCGGGAUCUAUGCUUCGUGAACCAGUGCCAGGGUUUACACAUGUGUCAGGGUCGCCCGCAUAUUGGUUACAAGAAGAAAUUGAAAUUUUGCACAUAGGCCUUAUCAAAUAUUCUCAUCUCGUUGGAAUACGAAAGUACACAAUGAUAUCUUUUAUGUUGCCUAAGAAGACUAUAAGGGAUGUUGCAUUGAGGUGCCAGUGGAUCACACACAAGGAAAAUGGAAAAAGACAGAAGACGAAAGAAUUUCAUACAGCAAGAAAGGCAAAAGAUAUGCAGGAUAAGAUCGGCGGUGCUCCCUCAGCAGCCAAUAUUUCCAGGGCUCCUAGAUUGCUUUCAGGGAAUCGUAUGAAGAUCCAGGAUAUUAUACCAUCCGAAGCUCCCUCUUUAGAGCGUAUUUUGGAUGAAAAUGAUAAAGUUAUGGACGAAAUUGUAAAAAAUAUUAACCGAGGCACGUUAGAGGAGAACGUUAAUAUAUUUCGUUAUGUGAAAAAUAACAUCUCGAUCGUCAAUGAUAGAAUAAGUGCAAUGUCUUCGACGUUGGACAAAUUUCCUGGAUCUAUGAGACAGAUGCCUACUUUGCAAGUAUUUGUAAAUGAUGAGCUUCUCGCAAGUCUUAUCCAUCGCACCGGAAAUGUUACUGGCCUUGCUCCUCCCAGAAAAAGCUAUCGGUUGGACGCAACGAGCAUCAGGCCGAACAUAGGAGGAUUUAGAGAGCACACAUAAGCUGUCUGUGUUCAUCUGCCGACGAGAAAGCCCUCUGUAACGGCUCCAAACCAUGGAAUGACAUUGGGCAUCAAAUUCUCUCUGAAGCUAAAUUGUUUGCUGGAUAGUUGGGGGUGUAGAAAUCAAUAGGUAGAGGAAAGAAAUAAUAUAAAGUUUUUUGAUGGUCAUUAGGGGGCUCAUCUCGGUGCGGAAAAAACAAUGGUAUCUGUAUGUUGUCGAUAGGUUCAAUCCUGGAAAAUGUGGACUGAGAAAAGGUCAUAUGUUUCUUGAUCGAUCGUUGAUGUUACCAAGUGUAUGACGAAGCGUAUCGUGUUUAUUUCCGAUGAUC